GCCAAUUCACAAAAUCCAAAAGCUUCCUCAAUUGAAAGUGAAUCAAAUGUUACGGAGGAGGGAGGCGCCAGGCGCGUUCCUCAUCGAAGACCCGACCCAGGUCGCUCUUUCUGGCAGCAACCAGAGGCGAUGUUAUCUCCUCCGUCCGCGACUCCAGGACGGCGACGAGGCUUUGUCCUCUCCGGCAAGCUUCAACAGCGGAGACCUCCGGCGUGGCAACUGGCAGCGACGGUCCAGCCCUCAGCGACCCAGAUCCAACUCCAAGCUCACCUCCCAAGCGUAGACUCUAGCUCCGGCGUGCUGGUCUCCCACCUCCGGCGAGCUUGCAACGCGAAGCUCCAAGCCCUGUCGUUGAGCAGAAGACGAAGAAGGCCAGCAACAAAUUCAGAUUUCAAUUUGGGCGUGAAUUGACAAUAUUACCCUGGUCCUUACUCUACUUAAUUUUCAACUUAUCCUUAUUAGUCAUUUUACUCUAAAUUUCUCCUAUUCUAUAUAUACUCCCCUAGCUCCAAUUGUUAAAGAGAGCUCCCCCAUUUGCAUUUCCAUGUUUUUAGACUAGGGUUUUGUUCAUCUCUUUCAUCAUCUCAUUUUAUUUUGGGAGCUCCAAAUUUAGAUAUUUUCUCUUUAAUCUUAUUAGUUGCCUUUUAAUAUUAGAUUCUUAUUUUCUUCAUCUUAUUUAUGUCUUUAACUUAUUUCUUACUCUCUUAUCUUUAUUCAUUUCUUAGUUUAAGCAUGCUAGGUUAGAUUUUCUAGCCUAGGUUAGGGAUGGAUUGUUGAUUUGUGUCUGUUGUUGAUGGAUUAGUGUAAAAUAUGAUAUAUUGCUCUAGGUUGUUUGUGGAGAUUGAUCUUAUUGUUGCUAAGAUGUUGUUGUUGGCCACGAUGACAUUCUUGUAUUUCGAAGUGGAUUCUAAGUCACCAAGGAAUCUGGAUUUAGAAUCCUAGCCGUGUGUCUCUACUCUCAAGUCCUACCACGGAAGUGGAGGAUACUUGAGGAGCUUGUUUGAUGUGUUUGUAGUUCUCUUUAGACGAGCGCCACGGAAGUAGGUUCUUGUAAGGGUAUUCUUUCUCGAUUCUCAUGGAAGUGAGAGUUGAGGUCAUUUGCUCGCAUUCUAGUCGAUUUCUCAUUUUCCUCCAUUCUGUUGGCAAUUGCAUGAUUAGCAUGAAAUUCCUAAUCUAGGCUUGCUUUUCAUUUACUUCUUACAUUUCAUUGCAUUAGUUUAGUUUCCACUUGCAUCAUUCAUCUUCUCUCUCCUUUUAGGCCUUGAUUCACAUUAUACAAUUCGAUAUUGGUGUUUAGUUACACUUUGCACUCGAUUUCUAACCAAUCACGCUAUCCUCGUGGAUUCAACAUCUCGUACUUUCACCACUAUACCCAUUAUUUACAUUUUCCACAUUUCCAUUCCAUUUCAUUCUCAUCUCUUUUUGAGCGAAACGACGUAUAAAAAAUCUUCUCGCAUCACGCAGCAGUGGGAAGAAGGAAGAAGAAGAAUAGAAGUUCAUCGUCGUACGAUUUCCUUGUUGUUGGUAAUAUCCCCGUAGUUCUAUUCGUCGUAAUCGAGGUGAGUGCGUGGACAUCUAACGUAUGGUUUAUGUUGUUUGUGGUUUAAAAGGCAUGGAUCAAAAUAUGUAAGGUUAGAAUGAUGUUGGUUAAUGUUGGUACUGUUAAUAUGAACCUAUUGAUGUUUAUUGUUAUGAAAUUGAUGUUGUUUGAUGUGGAAAAAUGAAGUUGUUGCAGAAUCUGAACUUUUCGUGCCCGACGGUAGGUCGGUACGGUGCUACCGCCACCCUCUAUUUUCCAUCCUCCCCUACCGGUACCUGUGACCAUAAGGACCUUAAGGCUGCAAAGCUAAAUCCAAAGGUUGCCGCCAAACUAAGGCAUGUACUCAUAUUGAGAAAUUUGAGCAACAUGCAUGACUUCUCCAUAUUUCUGUUUUAACAUAGUUUUUAUAUGGGUAUAAAAUCAAAACUGUUUCAGGUAUAUGGUUCUAAAAUGGAGAAUUGGCAUGAUUUUUAUGUUAUGUUGAAUUAUAUUUAAUUUUAUAUUUAUCUUCUAUUUGAUUUACUAGAUGCACCAGGGGCACAAUUGUAUUUUUCAUUAUAAUUCAUUGCAGUAUGACAAUAUGCAUUAUUACUCUUAUGUGCUUUCUAAGUAGGAAACAGGGAAGUGGAGGUAUCCCUUGAAGAUUCAUUGUCAGUUUUUUUCAAACAUAUUGCCUCUUCAUCUAAUAAAUGAAUUAGCAUAUAAUAAUGUGACUGGGACUACCGUGACUUGGCUAGGGUACUUGAAUUGUGGAUGGCUUCCUGUGACAGUGGCUAAGGCAGCAGAGUCAAAGGUAUUAAGUUUUAAUUUCAUUUUUUAUUAUAUUAUGAUGAUAAUAAUGUUGCUCAAAUGUA